AGAUUAGUCAGUCUGUCCGCGGGCAGAGUUCGUGGGUCAGGGGUUACUCGUUAGCAACGUUGUGGAAGCACAAGCUACGAAUAGCAGCUGUUUAUUUUGAAUUAUCUAUACCGGGUUAUUCAUGUGCUACGUUUAAAACCGAUCGUCUAGUUAAUGCAUCUGGAUUUUUCCCAAAUCAUUUGUUUUUACGUCUAACAUUAAGAGGGAUCGGAGGACUGUUAACUAGUUAGCUAUCAACACUUCUUAGUUUUCUGAUCAAGUGUUGUAACGAAAAGAAUUUUCAUCGCCUGGGUAAAAAUAUUAAUAUAAUCUUAUACAAAAAUGCAGGAAUUAAUCGCCUGUGUCGAUCACAUCAAGUUUGAUCUUGAAAUUGCUGUAGAGCAGCAACUUGGUGCUCAACCAUUGCCAUUUCCAGGAAUGGAUAAAUCUGGCGCUGCUGUCUGCGAGUAUUUCAUGCGAGCUGCCUGUAUGAAAGGUGGGAUGUGUCCGUUCAGACAUAUCAGCGGUGAAAAGACUGUGGUGUGCAAACACUGGCUCAGAGGUUUAUGCAAGAAAGGAGACCAAUGCGAAUUUUUACACGAAUAUGAUAUGACAAAGAUGCCUGAAUGCUAUUUCUACUCUAAAUUCGGAGAGUGCAGUAACAAAGAGUGUCCGUUCUUGCAUAUUGACCCAGAAUCUAAAAUUAAAGAUUGCCCGUGGUAUGAUAGGGGAUUUUGUAAGCAUGGUCCGGAUUGCAGGCACAGACACACAAGAAGAGUCAUCUGUGUAAAUUACCUUGUUGGAUUUUGCCCAGAGGGCAAGUCAUGCAAGUUUAUGCACCCGAGAUUUGAACUCCCUAUGGGUGCAACUGAACAGCCACCAUUGCCUCAGCAAGCACAGUCUCAGCAAAAGCAACAAAUCAUUCAGUCCACAAACAGGUCGUCACAGUCACUCAUUCAGUUAACAAACCCCAAUGUAAACCACAACCAGAGAAUGCCGAAUGCUGUUGGGAUAGUGCAUCCUCACGGCCACGGCAACAUGGGCGGACCUCGUGGUCCUCGUCCACUGGAACAAGUUACAUGUUACAAGUGUGGUGAAAAGGGCCAUUAUGCUAACAAAUGCAGUAAAGGACACUUGGCGUUCCUGAGUGGACAGUAAAGAUUUUCUGCAAAAAGGAUCUCCCACAAUUAUGGCUGUCACAUCCAGAUUGAAAUAUUGGACUGCUGGUACAGAAACCUUACAGUGCAAAGGUUAAAGUUAAGUGACGUGCUUCUACCUCACUGUCCAUGUGCCAAGCGCUCUUGUGGACACGUCACAACAAGAAUAUAUACAACAGGUAGAAGGAGUGGUCACUAAACUUUGUUGAUAUUUUUUCUUUCCUGCAUCAGAUUUAUACUUUGACAUGCAAGACUUUUGUAUUGAAGGCUCCUGAAACUUGGGGGAUUGUUGAUAAUAGAGGAAACAAUAUUAGGCAUUUUUAGGGAGAACAUUGAGUCUGAUAUUAUGAUUGGCAGCUGGGUAAUACUUUAAAUUUAAGUGGCGAUGUAGACAUCACUUAAUAGUCUAUCAAGAAAGUUGCUGAUUUAAAUAAAAGUUAAAAAUGGAUAAGGGAUGUGUUUCUUAUUGCAAUAAAGAUGAACUGGAUUUUUGGAAAAAA